CCAUAGUGAAAGUAUACAUGUCCGUAUUUACCCCACCUUCGACUAUGAGUAAACCUAUGUGCGUGGACAUACUGACUUUAACUGGCCUAAGACCGGCCCGCGUAAAAUGAAGCGGGACAAAACGCGUUAGGCCCCGUACCAAGAAACUACUCAACAUAGAAAAGCCCGAUCUUUAUACUCUUAUUGUUAAUUAAUCGAUAUUGAUAACGGGUCAUUGAACGUUUUAUCGAAAUCGUAUUAUUAUUGCCAUUGUAUCAAAGGGAAUAUUAUUCUUUCAAUAUUAACAAUUAUUUCAACGUUAAUAUAUAUCAUCAAUCGAACACAUAACGUUAUUAAUCAUUAUAUUAUAAUCGUCUUCCGUUCUGGAUGGACCGUUCUUCAAACGGUGUUAUUCGUUAUUUCGACUAAGUGAUUUCCUUUUAAAAACGUAAUUCGUAAUCGUGUUGUUAACUACUUAACGAUCUUGUAAAUUAUCUUUUACAAUUAUAGUUUGUUGGUUUCAGCUGUCGAACACGUGCGUUUUGUUCGAUACAAUUAUUCAGCGAUCAAAAACGGAAUUGAUUUUGAUUAUUUUAUGUGAUAUAUAUAUAAAUAAUAAAUGAUCGUUAAGAAAAAAUCGUUAAAAUUAUAAUUCGAUCGACACGUUUAUAAGACGUGCAAAGAACGAAUAAAUUUAAAAAAAAAAAAAACAAACAAACAAUAAUGGAUCGAGAGACGAGAAUUAUUCUAACACAACUAUUCCUAUUUAUAUUUUUAGUGGGAACACGAGGUGAACCUUGUACGGAAUAUGGUUGUCCUGGACGACCACAAUAUGAACCCUUCGUUCCAGCACCUCCAGGACAUACUCCAGGAUGUGCUAAACCUGGUCAAACGUUUUGCGAAACUUUGGAUCAUUAUCCACAACAACUUAUCAAAUUUCUCAUCGAUAAAUGUAGCUUUGACUUCAGUACGGCGUUGAGGGAUGAAUCUAAUGAGAAUUUGAACCCAUACAGAAAUAAUCAUAUCAGCCCAUCGCAUGAUUAUCAUCAAGGCUAUGAGUAUCCACGACAGGAUGCUCCUACCUUAUAUUCACAGUCUUUGCCUAUUUUACCAAUUCAUCGUCCAGUUAAUAGACAACCAACUGUAAUAUACGGGUCUUUGUUUAAUAAUACUCAUCACAAUGGAUACAAAUAUGUAACAACUUCGAGACCUGAAAGAAAUCCAUUGUUGGACGCAGGAUCUUUAUCAAAGUAUCAUCCACAACAGCAUUCAGAAUUUCCUGUAUUUUCCCAAACGCCAUCUUUAAAUACAUUCAAACAAGAUCAAACUUGGUGGACUAACAACGGGUAUGCACGUAGCAAUAAAGUGACACCACGAACGUUUCACGAGAAUCCACUUUUACAAUUUGUAAAUUUGAAAACAAAACGAAGAAAGAGACAAACAGAUAUCGAUACUAUUUCUCUUUGUCCAACCGAAGCGCAGUACAUUGCACCAAGGGCUGCCCUUAACAGUCGGGGUAACUGGAUGUAUGUUGUUAAUCUUUUAGAACAAAACGACAAGUACUCGCAGUUAGUUAAAAGUGAAAAGUGUUUGACAAAAACUUGUAAUGGUUUAUGUUCUGUUCCUCUUGGAUACACGAGCACAUGUCAACAACAGUUCGUACAAAAGAGAUUGGUUGCCUUAGAAGGUACCGGCAAUCGACUUUACACCGAUGUUUUUUGGUUUCCACAUGGCUGUUCGUGUCAGGUUAAAUUUAACGGCGAAUAAUAAUAAUAAUAUAGUUAUUAAUAAUAUUUAAAAAAAUAUAUAUAUAUAUAUAUAAUAACUGUAAGGAAAUUGAGAAGAAAUAUCAUCGUAAAUUCUCAUAUUGGUAUGAGAUAAGGUAAGAAGUCAUAAAAAUAUAAUAAAGUGUCGUUAUAUGGCUGGAUUCUACAAUCUAAUUAAUUAAUUAAGAUGCAAUAAGUUUGUCUAUAAAUAUAUUAAAUAAUUCAGGAAAUCGUAUGUUGAAAAAAGUAAUUUAUUACGAGUUGAUCAAAUGAAAUGAUGAAAGUAAGAUUUGUAAAGAUUGAAAGUAGAUUUUUGAAGAAUGUCGGAAUUUUAAAAUGCAUCUUUCGUUGGAUUUUAGAAAAUUUGAAUAAGAAAUCGAUUAAAAAGUAGCGAUUAAAAAGUAGGGAUUUGAAUCUGUUUAAUAGAAGAUAAAAUUGAAAAGUAAACUAUUCUAUUUUUUUUUCGACAACGUUUAAUUAGAACUUCAUUAAUUUAAGUCCUUUGUUAUUAGUAGUAAAUUUGUGAAUAUCUCACUGUAGAUAAUAUAAUAAACUCGUUGUUUUUUGUUUUUUAUAAUUAAAAAGAAGAAACUUACUUUUCUGACAAACGGUAAUAUCAAAUCCUACUUCACUGAUGAUCAAUAAUAGUAGUUUCCUACUUAUCAACAAUAGAUUAAAAUAUAUUCCUAAUUUAGUAACUAAUUCUUGUUCUUGUUAAUAACUAAAUAAUAGUAGAACUCAAUCUUAUCGGUUAUAGUAAUCAGAAUUAAAAAAAAAAAAACAAAAAGAAUAGUAGAGAAACAAAUUAAAUGAAAACUGUAUUGAUGUA